AUUAUUAUUAAUAAUAAUAACUACUAUAAACUUUGAUUCGACUCACCCAAAUUUUUGUCUCAAAUCAAAGAACCAAUGGCACAUCGAUUCUCCACCAUCAAUUCUCACCCACCACUGCUCCUCCACCAUCACCACCAUGACUCUCUCCCCAAAAUGUUGUGCACCACCGUUCAAGCAAACGCUCGUCUCAAGCCAUUUAUCGUUGUUGCUGUCUCCAAAUCCGCAGAGAUAGCUUCUAUUCCUUCUCCUACUCCAAUUGAUCCGUUGUCGAUUUCUCUUCCUUCUCCUCCUUCUUUGAGAAAGGUUUCACCUGGUUCACUUCAGUAUCCACCUGGUUUAGUCGGAGCUGUUCCCGACCGAUCACAUUUCAAUAUUGAAGAUGAUGACGUAGCCGGUGCUAUGGAUUAUUUGACCAAGAUACUCUCAUCCAAAGUCUAUGAUGUCGCUAAUGAGUCUCCUCUUGAAUUGGCAGAAAAGCUAUCACAAAGACUUGGUGUUAACAUUUGGCUCAAGCGUGAGGAUAUGCAAACUGUCUUCUCAUUUAAGAUUCGUGGAGCUUAUAAUAUGAUGGCUAAACUUCCAAAGGAAGUUUUGCAGAAAGGGGUUAUAUGCUCUUCUGCUGGAAAUCAUGCUCAAGGAGUUGCCUUGUCUGCCAAGAGAUUGAAAUGCAAUGCCGUUAUUGUUAUGCCCGUUACCACUCCGGACAUCAAGUGGAAAUCUGUGGAGAGGAUGGGUGCUACUGUUGUUCUUAUCGGAGAUUCGUAUGAUGAAGCACAAGCAUAUGCUAAGAAGCGCGCAAAAGAGGAGGGUCGUACGUUUGUACCUCCUUUUGAUCAUCCCGAUGUUAUCGCGGGUCAGGGAACUGUUGGUAUGGAAAUUUGGCGUCAUAUGCAGAGGCCCAUUCAUGCAAUCUUCGUCCCUGUGGGUGGUGGUGGUCUCAUCGCUGGUAUUGCUGCUUUCAUGAAGAGGGUUUCUCCACAGGUAAAGAUUAUUGGAGUGGAACCCACGGAUGCAAAUGGAAUGGCUUUAUCACUUCAUCAUGGUGAGAGAGUGAUUUUGGACCAGGUUGGAGGAUUUGCAGAUGGCGUGGCUGUUAAAGAGAUUGGUGAAGAAACUUUUCGCUUGUGCAAAGGGUUGGUAGAUGGCGUUGUUCUUGUAAGUCGUGAUGCAAUUUGUGCAUCGAUUAAGGACAUGUUUGAGGAAAAAAGGAGCAUAUUAGAACCAGCAGGCGCUCUUGCUCUUGCUGGAGCUGAGGCAUACUGCAAGUAUUAUGGGAUCAAAGGGGAAAAUGUUGUAGCAAUAACCUCUGGAGCAAACAUGAAUUUUGAUAAACUUAGAAUUGUUACUGAACUUGCUAAUGUUGGUCGUAAACAAGAAGCUCUUAUGUUAACUUUCCUACCAGAGGAGCCUGGAAGUUUCAAACAGUUUUGUCGAUUGGUGGGACAGAUGAAUAUCACAGAAUUCAAAUACAGAUACACUUCCAGUGACAAAGCUGUUGUCCUUUACAGUGUUGGGGUUCACACGCCCAAAGAACUACGACAAAUGCAGCAAAGAAUAGAAUCAUCUAUGCUUGAAACUCACAAUCUCUCAGAAAGUGACUUGACGAAAGAUCAUUUGCGUUACAUGAUUGGAGGUCGAUUAGAUAUCCAGAACGAGGUUAUUUGCCGUUUUACCAUUCCAGAGAGACCUGGUGCUUUGAUGAAAUUUUUGGAUACCUUUAGUCCACGUUGGAAUAUUAGUUUAUUCCAUUACCGUGCACAGGGUGAAUCUGGAGCAAAUGUACUAGUUGGAAUACAGGUUCCAGCUAACGAGAUGGAUGAAUUUCACAAUCGUGCCAACAAACUUGGAUAUGACUAUAAAGUGGUGAAUAAGGACCCUGUCUUCCAACUUUUCAUGCAUUGAUUUGUUUCAUGUACUUGUCAAUUUUGCUAUUAUUGUGUAUUUUAGUAGAAUCGAUUAUCAUACUAUUUUUUUCAAUAGUGGACUUCAAAGACAGGGAGAACGAACUGGUGGAAUUGUGACUCACUUAAUAAUUACUUUCUCCGUUCAACAAUAACAAUAAAUGUCACAUUUAUAAGAA